CCCGCCCCCAGUCCAAAUCUCCCGAACCUCGACUCCCCGCCUCUUCCGGUCCGAAAGUGGCCGAGCGCGGCCGGACGCACGAGUCGGGCCUCGGCCGGUGCUCGGCUGCCGCUCCCGGUCGGCUUCCUUCGGGCGCACGAAGAUGGCCGAGGCUGCGCGGGGGCUGCCGGGAGCGCGGCGGAGCCUGUAAGAUGGCGGCCGCGCGGCGAGGACAAGGCUCUUGCGAGGUGGUAUCCUGGACGUGCAGCCACAGGCACCCGCUGGCCAGGAAGCAGGUCACCUCAGUGUCUUUUCAAGAUGAUGGACGGAGGUCUGCUCGCACUGGGUCACCCCCCCAAUGCAAGCGCAGGCUCAGGCUGGGGCCAGGAACCUUGCUCACGUUGGGGACAGGGGCCCAGGCUCUGGGGUCACUCAGCCAACAGCUCACCCUGCCCUGUUUCUUUAGCAGCACUGCCGCCCCUCCCCUCCUGCUGGGCUGCGAGGGUCCUGGCAGUGUCCUGAAGUGGCUUCCUCUGCCCCCAUUCCAUGGCAGGAAGGUGCCUGCUGCCCACCCAGCCUGAACUUCCAAGGACCCACACAGCACAGACCUGAGGGCUCAAUCUGGGAUGCUAUGCCCACCCUGAGGGGCAUGCCCAGACAGGCCCUGCGUGUGUGUGCACUCUCAUCUCUGUGGGCACGUGUCCGGGGGUGGGUACGCAUGUGGAUGUGUGUCUGUUAGCUGACACGUGUCUGGGGGUGGACAUAUGUGUGUGUGUGUCUGUGUGGUUCCUGCAGAACCCCCACCCUGCCCCUGUUUGCUGCUGGCCCUUGACCCCUUGCAGCUCUCGUCCGUCCCUCUGCAAGUUCUCUUCUGCCUCAGCGGCCUGUUCUCCGUGCUCUACUUCCCAGCCACCCUGCUGCUCAUCCUCUAUAAGAGCCAGACCUUCAGCUACCCCCACGGCCUCCUGCUGCUGGACGUGGGCCUGCUGUGUGCCAUGGGGCUGCUGGAAGUGCUACGGCUGUACCUGGGCACCAAAGGCAACCUUACCGAGGCCGAGGGGCCACUGGCUGCCAGCCUGGUGCUCACUGCAGGCAACGCCCUCCUCGCUGUCCACUUCCUGUUCUGGCAGACCCUGGUCCUGCGGGCAGACUCGGUCCUGGGUGCUGUACUCCUGGCGCUGCACAGUCUGGAGGCUGUCCUACAAGUACUAGUCAUCGCUGGCCUCAUCAGAUAGCUGCCAGCUGGCCAUAGUGCCCCACUCUGCUCCUCAGACGCCUGCAGCCACUGCCCCAAUCAGGCCAUGUCCACGGCUGCCGCAGCCCCACAGCCUGCUCCUGGGACACCUGCGGACACUGCCCCCAGCACCAGACAGGAUGGGGAACAGGCGAGGGCCAGGGCACCUUCCCAGGCCUGAAGCAGAAAGUCUCACUGGCCCUGCUUUUUGUCGCCACAAUUCCUGUUGUUCACUUUUUAAAAUAAAUCUCAGCACCUACGGUACCCCUCCUCAGCUCAGACACUGCCAGCACCCCGCACCCACAGCUCCCUGAACUCAGCCCUGACCUCAGUAAAUGGGCUGAGCCUGCCCUGCUGCUGGCCGUAUACCCUGCAGGGGCCUCCCCACUGCCUGCACCUGAGGCUGCAGCCGUGACGGGCUGCCCCCCUUGACCGUGUCAGGGUGUCCCCCUCAGCCGCGUGGGGUGCCCACCUCAGCCAUGUGGGGGUGCCCCGCCUCAGCCGCGUGGGGGUGCCCACCUCAGCCAUGUGG